GCGAGCAGAGGCGGGUCUUAAACUGUAAUAGACACGUGUACCGGGAAGUAGGAAGUAAAUACAUAAGAGUCGUGGUGCCACUGGAAAGAAGUCUGGCACCAUGCUGGAAGGCUACAGCCCUGUGACCCAGGCCCUGCUGGGGACUCUGUUCACCUGGGGUCUGACUGCUGCCGGAGCAGCCCUGGUGUUUGUCUUCUCCAGUCGACAGAAACGCAUUUUGGAUGGAAGUUUAGGCUUCGCAGCUGGGGUUAUGCUGGCUGCUUCCUAUUGGUCGUUGCUGGCACCGGCGAUCGACAUGGCGGAAGAUUCUGGGAAGUACGGCUCGUUUGCUUUCUUGCCUGUGGCCGUGGGAUUCACACUCGGGGCAGCCUUUGUUUACUUUGCUGACCUGGCCAUGCCUCUGCUGGGUGUAGGUGCUGACCCCCACAUUGCCUUGGCUCUACCCCCCGACUCUAAGCUGGCCAAGGAAAAAGCAGACGAGCCCCCGUUCCAACUCUUGGACUCUGAUGAGAUGACCAUCAGGAUAGGUAGAGCUGGACCUCUCUCAGAUAAAAUAGAUAAUGGAGAUGUGUACCAGAGGAGGAGAGGACCUCAUUCGGUCAGCUCAGAUGGACAGGAAACAGGAACUAAACAACAGGAAGGGGUUGGGCGGACAGGAAGCAGCUGGCGGCGUAUUGUUCUACUCAUCGUUGCCAUCACCAUCCACAACAUCCCAGAGGGUUUGGCUGUGGGGGUGGCAUUCGGAGCCAUUGGAAAGACUUCAUCUGCUACUUUUGAAAGCGCCAGAAAUUUGGCCAUCGGUAUUGGCAUCCAGAAUUUCCCAGAAGGCUUGGCAGUGAGCCUGCCGCUCCGGGGUUCAGGAGUCUCAACGUGGAAAGCCUUCUGGUAUGGCCAGCUCAGUGGCAUGGUAGAGCCUAUUGCUGGGUUUCUGGGUGCCGUCGCCGUCGUCUUGGCAGAACCUCUGUUGCCGUAUGCGUUGGCGUUUGCUGCCGGGGCGAUGGUUUACGUGGUGGUGGAUGACAUUAUACCUGAGGCCCAAAUCAGUGGAAACGGGAAGCUGGCCUCCUGGACCUCCAUCCUGGGCUUCGUCGUGAUGAUGUCACUGGACGUUGGGCUGGGCUGAGCUCACCUCACCCGGCACCGUGUCAACAGAACACUCAAUGGCCAUGAUGUCAUCAUUGCUCUGCUGACCUCAGUUUUUAAAA